AUGGAAGGUCAAUUUAUUGUAGAUAAAGAAAUUGGUUCAGGUUCCAAUAAAACAAACCCACCAGGAUUUUGGAUUGGUUUCGAUGACGCUUUCUAUGCAGUUGCUGGAUAUCAAAUCCUUGCAAAUGGUCGUAUCGUAUAUUCUCAAGACAACGCAAGAGAAGAAGCAUAUAUAACUUCAAACUCACAAACUACCGAACAAAUAAAGAAAGUAGAUGUUUUCUCAAAGACUCGACAUGAAGAUGUAUGGAGUCAUUCGGGAACAUGCAGAACAGGACAAAUUGUUAGUGGUCCAAUUACAGCAGGAAAAUCAUUUGAUUUUAAGCUUCGUUUAAGAAUUCCUGUUAGAAGAUUCCUUCCAUUAGAAGCUAUUCGAUUUAUUCCAGCUUUUGCAGGAAACAUUCAGCUUAAAGUAAAGUUCAGUAGCGACGCCUUACAAUGCACAUCUAUAUCUGUAAAUGAUAUCAUUGCUUUCAAUCCAACUCUUAAAGUUGCAUUUGCUUCAGAUUCAAAUCCACCGACAAAUAAAUUUGUUCCAUGGAAUGAACCAUUCACUAUGAUAACGAAGGCAGUAGAAGCUAGUGGAACAGUUACUAUUACAACUGUAACCCAGCAACUAUUUCGAACAAAGAUGGAUUUUAAUGAAUGUUUCAUUCAUCCAAAGUCAUUCUCUUUAGACCCUAACAUUUAUACAGAACUUGUAGAACAUUAUACAAACGAGGCUUUAUGUUUUCCUGUUAAAGUUAUGGAUUGGAUUCCUAUGGACGGUUCAUUCUCAAAGAAUACAGAUAGUUCAAGUGCAACAUUUACAGCAGCUUAUACGCCUAUUAAUGUUAAAAGUAUUUGGGCACUAUUUAGAAAGAAAGACAACUAUUAUGUUAAUUUUGAGAACCCUAAGUUUAAAUAUCUUCAGCUUUCCAUGGGAGCUUAUGGAAAUAUGCCUGCAGAACCUGA